AUGUUGCUCUUGUUUUACAUUUCGUUUUUUUCCAUUGGCAUUUCUCAAGUCAUAGCAAAAGAGAAUGAAGUAGCUCCGUAUGGAUUGUUAAGUUCAGAUUAUAUUCAUGCUCGAAUAGCACGCCAACUACGAGUACCAGCAGUACAAGCAGUACUAGCUCUACAACAAGCACAACAGCGACCACCAGUACCAGCUCCACUUCAAGCACCUCAAGUACUAGUUCGACAUCAAGUAGUAGCACUAGUACUACUAGUACAACCUCGACUACGACGUCCACAACAUCAACAAGUUCAACAUCAUCCACCAGCACUUCUUCGACGAGUACUACUAGUAGUACUUCUACGUCGACCACGUCCGCAACCACAAGUACUUCAUCAACAAGCACUACUUCCACUACAAGCGAGACAACAUCAACUAGUAGCACGACAAGUAGUACAAGUACUUCGUCCACUAGCAGUACUUCGAGCACAUCCAGCACGUCAACUAGCAGCACUUCAAGUACAAGCAGUACUACGUCAACUACAUCAACAACAACUACUACCGCAACUACGACGUCAACAACAAGCGCGACAACAAGCACGUCGACAACGUCAACAACCACAUCGGCAACAACUACUACGACGACCACAGCAACCACCACUACCUCUACCACAAGUACCACCACUACCUCUACCACAAGUACCACCACUACCUCUACCACAAGUACCACCACUACCUCUACCACAAGUACCACAACUACAACCACGGUCGCAGUUGUAG